GGUCCCCACGCACGUCACCACGGUUUGCGUGGGCGGGACUAUAAAGGCAGCGUUCCACUUUGUCUUCUCUCCCACAGAUGCUGCUGUACUCGCCAGUCCGUGAUGACGAGUAACACGAGCGAGCAGGACAACAGCCUGCUUGUUUUUGUAUCCACGCGUGGAUCGUUGUAUCCGCCUUCCGCAUCGGCUACGUGCGAUGCUGACCUCAUUUUGACCGUCUAGCUUCGAGUUCCCCCAUCUGGCCACUUUCUUGAGGUCAACCACCAGCUUGUUUGCAAACAAGAGUCGGACCCUGCAAGGAAGACUUCCCCCCGCCCCGAUGCAUUGAUGCAACCCUUUCAGCUGUGCAACGGCUGCUUCUGUGGUCUGAUUCAGGACUACUCCAACAAGUCGUGCGCCAUGCCGCCCAUCACCUUCCAAGACCUGCCCCUAAAUAUCUACAUGGUCAUCUUCGGCACGGGCAUCUUCGUCUUCAUCCUAAGCCUCAUCUUUUGCUGUUACUUCAUCAGCAAACUUCGACACCAAGCCCAGAGUGAGCGGUUUGGAUACAGAGAGGUGGUUUUGAAAGGAGAUCCCAAAAGGUUGAAUCUGCACGGGCAGACGUGCGCCGUGUGUCUGGAGGACUUUAAGUUUAAAGACGAGCUCGGAGUGUUGCCAUGCCAACAUGCUUUUCAUCGAAAAUGUCUUGUCAAGUGGCUGGAGGUGCGCUGUGUGUGCCCCAUGUGCAACAAACCCAUCGCCGGCCCCCCAGUGCAGCACCACAGCAUCGGUACCCUGCUGGAUGAACUGGUGUAACCUAGCAACCGCAUCGCACCUUGGUUGUAGUGGCGGUAGGCACCAACAGGGGAGAAGGACCAGUGUUUGGCUGCUGCAAGGACAUCAUAAGGGAACUUUGGGUCUGGCUAACCAACCAGAAAAAUAUUCUGUUGAGGGAUGUUGUUACCUAGCAACCCAACCCUAAGAUAGCAACACGGAGGCACCUUCUUGAUAAUCUUCAACCACCCACACAUCCGUGCUUAAUCAGUCUUCACUCCACAUCUAUCUCUCUCCACACAUCUUCCCUCCACUGAGGUCAACGGUUUCGUUUUGUUUUUACAGCCAGAAGUGUUCAGUUGACUCCCGUGGGACCAAUGAGACGACCGCAUGAGUGUACAUCCGCGUAAUGUGAAGAAGAUGAGGACAAAGCUUUGUAGCAAGGACAUGCCGAUCAAAUGUGGCUUAAAGGAGAUGGAGGUUCUUCUUUUGUUUUUCUUUUUUGUUUUUUUAAAUACCUAAUUUGAACUACAAAGUUCAAUUGUAGCAAUCACACACCAACACAUUAAUUCACCCUUUAUGGUGCAAGUGACCAAUCAGCAAAUCAAGGUAAUGAUAAUAACGAAAAACAUUUAUGAAAUAAUGUAAACAAAUCAUUACAUCAUCGAAUGAGUGAAAAAUUAAACAAUUUAAAAAUAUAUAUUUGACAAAAGUGCGGCAUGAUAUCAACUAAUACUAAAUGAUCAUUGAAAAAUAUUAAUUAUGGUUAAAGAAAAGGACAUGCACUUGUAUUACCCUUUUGUCCAUUUGCUUACACACAAUUUUACUAACUGUGUCUUUUUUCAAAAGGAUUUACACACUUUUCCAAACACAACAUUACAUUUUUUUUCAAAAUGACACACUUAAGUCAAAACAUAUGCCCAUUCCUCAAAAUAAAGCAAGCAUUUGUAAAAAUGCAGUUUUAUCGUCAUUUCACUCACACAGACUUCAAAUGAUAAGACACUAUUGGAGUGAGUUACCCAGAACAGUGAUAAAUACAAAACACAUUUAUAAAAAAAAAACUAUUUUGCUAUAAGAAAUCACAUGUUUGGGGCA